AUGGUAUUAACAAGGCUUAAAGUCCCAUUAAGAAUUGGAAUUAUCCAAUUGAAUCCACAAAUUGGACACACCAAGGAAACGACGAGCAGAGCCUGGAAACUUCUUGAUGAAUUGAAAAGCAAGAACCAUGGCACAGCUUCUCCUGAUAUCUUAGUGUUCCCUGAAUUUGCUUUGACUGGUUACAGCUUCCAUGACAGAAACCAUAUCUUACCCUAUACUUGUAAACCGACAGAGGGUCCCACAUUUGACUUUGCUAAGGAAGUAUCCAAGACAUUCAAUUGCUAUACCGUGAUUGGAUAUCCUGAGAGGUGCGGUGAUGACGAUAAAACGGCUACAUUGUACAAUAGCGCUAUCAUGACCGAUGCUUCUGGGGAUUUGGUUUUCAAUUACCGUAAAUCGUUCUUAUAUUACACAGACGAUGACUGGGGUUGCCAAGAGAACCCUAACGGAUUUCAGCACUUUGAGAUCCCAGUGAAAGGGUUUGAUGUAAAUGGUAACAGCAAUGAUGUUAAGCUAAAGACUGGCCUUGGAAUCUGUAUGGAUCUCAGCAACUAUAAAUUUGAAGCACCAUUUUCCGACUAUGAGUUUGCAACAUAUCAUUUGGACCAUGGCACUGAGUUGUUAAUCUGCCCAAUGGCAUGGUUGCACUCUGCUGCUAUCACAAAGGAUACAAAGGAUCCACAGCAACAGUGGGAAAAGGUGAAAUCUGUUCUUGAUAGAGAAGGAAUCCCAGAAUAUGGAUCUCAAGGCAGAUUCGUAAACAAUUUGGAUUCCAGUAACGUUAUAAAGACCGAGCCUUUUGAGCACGCAAUGUCACUGAAAGACUACAACGAUUUAGAUACACCUGAUAUUACUAAUAUUACUUACUGGCUUCUACGGCUCACACCGUUCGUUGCAUUGAAGAAAAGAUAUGAAUGGUUCCACAGUAAAUUAUUGGUGCCCUUCUUGACCCGUACUUCUACGAAAACGUCUUCCUACGUGGGAUCAUCUUUGGAUAAGCCCUGGGUUCACGAGGGAAAAGAGACUGUCUUGGUGCUUGCAAACAGGUGCGGUAUAGAAGACAAACAAACCGUGUACGCUGGUUCUUCUGGUAUCUAUAAAUUCAAUGGUCAUAUUCAUGGCGAUGAGGACGACUCUGUUGACACGACGAACAAAAGCAUUGAAUUAUAUGGGAACUUGAGUAAAGGACACGAGGGAAUUUUGGUAAGAGACGUUGAGCUUGUUGUCGAACGUGAAACAUAG